AUGACCCCCCAAGCAGAUACUAUGUCGCAAUUGACUCUGAGUGUGGAUGAGAUGAUGGACAUGGAUAAUUGGAAGCAGUUCCAGUUGAGAGGAAGCAGAGAUGACAGGGGGAGCAUUGUGUAUAGAGGUUUGUAUGCAGAUGCCAAUGAAGAUGGUCAGUUGAAGGAGGAGUUUCUGGAUGAUGACUCAGACAGAGGUGAGACAUUUCUAGUAAAUCGCGAUCACACUGAUAGCCCACCUCUGUCCAAUGAUGAAUCAAAGGAGAGUGAUAAAUUGGACAAUACCAAGGAGGAACAUAAGGAGACAAUUCACCAGUCACUGAGCUAUGCGCCUGUGUCAGAUGUCGAGGAGGAUAUCAAGGAGGAUGUCGAGGAGGAUGUCGAGGAGGAGGGCAAGGCCGAGGCCAAGGAUGAGGAUGAGGAUGAGGCAAGUGUUCCUGCUCUGCCCUCACGUGUUUUCAAAGCCACCCAUUUGUCGGAGUCAUAUGCAGGCUGA